AUCAGCGAAAUCUAAACUCUAUGAACUGAAGAAGAUUAUUGCUGAAGGAGGUUAUUAUGAGCCAAAGGACCUAUCUGGCAAGCUUUUGGAUUAUAUUACUAAAGGAAACCAUCAGCCAUAUCUUAUAAAGGGGACUUUAACGAUGCAGUACUCUCCUCCAAAAGCAAGGUUUAAUGAUAUUAAAGCAGUUGCAGAGCACAUUAUUGAGUACUGCAAAGUUGCAUCUAGGAGUUCUACAAACUUGCAGAUGCAAUACAUUGCGAUAUAUUGUAGCUUACCAGGAUUGAAGUACAUGGAAUAUGCGAUUACAGCUUUAAAUACUAUAUCUCGUCAUAGCUUUGCGAUUUCGAGUAGAAGACUUUGAGCAGUGAUUUCAAAACUAACGACUGGAACAAGAGGCCAAUUUACCUAAAAAUGCAAAGAGGCAUGCAGUUUUAAAUAAUCAAGAAAUUCCUAGAUAUUUUCCUUCUCAGCUUAUAACUGCAUCACUUGGGAUUGUGUGUGGAACUAUAGUAGUAACGAAAGAUGAAAGGCGAUUAGCAAAUGCAAGCGGAAUAAUUCAAGAUGUCCAAUGAACUAUUUUGACUUGUCCUAUAAAAGUUGUGCUAAAGCUUAAUGUUCGGUAUGGAUAUUAUGUAAGAGCAGUUCCAAAUCAUAACCUUGACUUUGGUGACCAAGCAGUUGAGGAUCACUACAAAAAUGUUGUAAUUGGGCGUAUUCCAUUUGAAAUUGUCCUUCCAAUAGGUGAUCGUAACGAUCAAUGAACCGGAGCACCAAAUAUAGCAACUUCACAUUCAAGAUUCAGCGAUAUGCAAGUUUAUACCCCUGAUGACAUACAGUUUGUUAAAGGAUAUAGAAAUUUGUAUGAGCAGAGCCUAACAAGAAACGAAGGAAUGAAUGUCUACAGAAGAAAUGCAAGUCAAAGAUUUGAGGAAAGAAUGCUCCUUGAAGAUAAGGAAAUGGAAGAACUAAUACUUAAAGGAUUCAAGUUUGAAAAAUCAUCUAGAAUUGACACUCCUGUAGAUAGUAAAGUCUUUAAAAAUGCAGAUCGUACAAGCUUAAAUUUAAUUCCUGCUUAUAACGUAAAUAAUGACUUUGUAGAAGUUAAAGAAGCUGGUAAUAAAGAAGAAUACGCUCCUAACAUAAAUGAUAAAUUUUUUAACCAAGAAAUACAAAAUGACUUUGGCUUUAAUCCUGGGAAACCCGACUUUAAAAAAAGCCUUAUGCUUCCUAGUAAACAAAGCAAUGAGGUUGAUGAGCAUCAUCAAAGUGGAGAACCUCUUAAGAUCAUUGAAAAUGAGGGUAUUCAAUUGGAUGAAAUUGAAUCCUUUUAGAAAAAAAGCAAUAGAAGAAGAUAAAGAGGAAGCAAAGCCAAUAAAAACAAGUGCAGACUGCUGAAGAAAACUUUGAGGCUAUAGAUACAGUAAAAGCCCUAAGGUGCCAUCAAAGAAAGAUGAAAUCAUUUCAGGGAAAUUUUCUACAAAUCUAAAAAAUUCUUCAAGCAAGAUAGAUACCAACCCAAACAUUUUCCGAACCUCCAGGGUUGCUCCAUAUAAAGUAGCUUCUGGGACAAAAAUCGAUCCUCCAAAGCAAGGUACAAUUUUUAACAAUAAAAACAUCACAAUCAAUCAAACUCCCAGUGAACUAUUCUCCAAAAGAAAAGUAAUAGUAAAGAGAUCCCGAAAAGACACCUCCCAUAACAUCUCAGGAUAUCCGAGCAGUAGUCAUAACACAAAAACUAGUAUAAAAAGAGUUAAAACAGAAGAAGAAGCCUGAAUGGCUGACUUAAGAUCAAAUGCAGAGAUGGCUGGGAAAGUUGUAAAUACACAAAGAAGUAAAGAACAAUUAAGAAGCAAGAAAGCCGAUGGUUUUGAAUAAGUUGGAAAUUUCAAUACA